GAAUUUAACUGCGCAAAAGUCCUCUGUAGUGACGGAUGCCCAAAGUUCAGAAGUUUGUAAAUGUGCGCUUUAGCACACAGAGAUGGAAACGGCUUAAACACGAUUACGUCUUUGCACAACGUGUUCCUUUUAUGAACAUUUUUCUCGUCACAGGACAGCAAUUGUGUGUCUGAACGCCUUACCCUACAGAAGGAACGUGGAGCUCUUUGGCUGCAUAUUUUGGGAAAUUCGGGAGCAGUGGAGAAAAGCGGGGAGAAAACAUGCAAGCGCGCUAUUCUGUCUCUAGUCCCAACUCACUGGGCGUCGUGCCUUACAUUAGUAGCGACCAGAGCUACUACCGGGCCGCCGCCGGUGGAGGAUACACCGGUAUGCCAGCCCCAAUGAGUAUGUACUCUCAUGCGGCCCACGACCAAUACCCUGCCAGCAUGGCACGCGCCUACGGACCGUAUACUCCUCAACCUCAGCCGAAGGAUAUGGUAAAACCACCUUACAGUUACAUUGCACUCAUAACCAUGGCUAUCCAGAACUCACCUGACAAGAAGGUGACCCUAAAUGGGAUUUAUCAGUUCAUCAUGGAGAGAUUUCCAUUCUAUCGAGACAACAAGCAGGGCUGGCAAAAUAGCAUCAGACAUAACCUCUCUCUGAACGAGUGUUUUGUCAAAGUGCCUCGUGAUGAUAAAAAGCCUGGUAAGGGUAGCUAUUGGACCCUGGACCCCGACUCUUACAACAUGUUCGAAAACGGGAGCUUCUUGAGGAGGAGAAGACGAUUCAAAAAGAAGGAUGCAAUGAAAGACAAGGAGGAUCGGCAGUUAAAGGAGACGCCGUCCAGGCAACAGGGCCGAGACCAGGAGCAACCAGUGCAGGGCUCCCAACCAGUGAGAAUCCAGGAUAUUAAGACCGAGAACGGCAACACGACACCCCCACAGGCCGCUUCGCCCUCUCUGAGCACCGUGCCCAAAAUAGAGAGCCCGGACAGCAGCAGUAGCAUGUCCAGUGGCAGUCCUCACAGUAUACCGUCCAACAGGUCCAUUGGCAUGGAGAGCUCUGAGCACCAUCACCAUGGCCAGGCCCCGACACAGGGCUUCAGCGUGGACAACAUCAUGACUUCUCUCCGGGGGUCUCCACAAGGAGCUACUGAGCUCGCUCCUACCCUAAUCGCCCCCUCCAGGACAGGUAUAACUCCGUCUUUGUCCCUGAACUAUUCACCGAACCAGACGUCAGUCUACAGCUCACCCUGUAACCAAAACUCAAUUUCCACUACCUCGAAUGCGACCUACCAUUGCAAUAUGCAAGCUAUGAGUUUAUACGCAGGGGAUAGAUCUAGCCAUCUGGCCCCGAGUACCACCGUGGACGAAACAUUGCCUGAUUACUCUAUCACCACCACCUCCUCCUCACUGACCCACGGUAAUCCUAACUCUGGGCAAGAGAGCCAUCACCCCCACCAAGGGCGGCUUCCUUCAUGGUACCUUAACCAGGCCGGGGACCUGGGACAUCUUGGCGCAACUUAUCCAGCACAGCAGCAGAACUUCCACUCCAUGAGAGAGAUGUUCGAAUCUCAAAGAAUUGGCUUGAAUAAUUCUCCAGUGAACGGAAAUAACAGCUGUCAAAUGUCCUUCCCUCCGAGCCAAUCCAUCUACCGCACUUCGGGAGCUUUCGUUUAUGACUGCAGCAAGUUCUGACCAAAGUAUGUUUUUCUUGUGUUUUACAUUUUCAAUCAAUCCCGUGAGACGCUUACCCUCCUGACCCCAAGAUGGACUAAAACGAAUCAGAACGCAAACAAAAGACAGAAAAAAGACUUAACUUGGUUUGUAAAGAACAGUGUUACUGCAAAUAACACGUAAGUCUCACCUCGCUUUUGUGGCUUUAUAUGUUAAAAUGUAUUAAGGAUAUGUCAGUUUUUCAUGGACAUAGUAUGACGUGUAAAUUGCAUAUAGUAAUUUAUUUCUAAACUGUAGCCGGAUAUUAUGGACCAAACACCAAAAAAGUGUUUCUAAAUUGAAUUGCCUUAAUUGACCGAAAAAUGUUCCUUUAUAAAGAAAAAACGGAACUUGUAUAUCUCCGUACUCUUUCAAAGUUUCUCCUUUUGUUGAAAAGUAUUCUGAAGGAAUUGAAUUGUUUGUUUAAUAAAUUGUCAUUUAAUGUGA